GGUCAUCAGUCGUGUUUGUAAACCGUUUUCUUAUAGUGAUUAUUGCUUCCACCAAUCAGUGAUGAUAAGGGAUUAUAUGUCGAGAAGCCUUACUUGUACUGUGAUCACUUGAAAAUUGUUGUUUUCAGUUAGUGUUAGGCGGUCAGUCUUCAAGGUUAGAUGCCACUUGGAAUCAAUACUGUGGUUCGACGAUGAUUCCAAAUACUGAACAACUAAAUCUAUGGGAGAAAGAAUAUUCUCCCAGUGAAUGGAGUAAACGGUUUCCCACAGCAGACGAAGUUAUAAAUUACCAUGUGAAAUUUGUUACCGAUGUGAGCGACAAAAACCGGAAAGAACUCAACUGCGAACUGGAUGUGGAAUAUGGUAGCGAUGAAAGUGAGAAAUUUGAUAUUUAUGGUGAUGAUCUACCCGAAGAUGCCCCAUUGUUCGUCUACGUACACGGAGGCUACUGGCAAAUGUUAUCCAAAAAAGAUUCCGCCUAUUGUGCUAAGCCACUGGUUCAAAAAGGAUACAGAGUGAUCAUCCUGGACUAUACACUCUGUCCGAAACUUACUCUAGAAGUGUUGGUGAAACAAAUUAAGCGCGCUGGUGAAUAUAUUCUCAACUACGCCGAGGAAAAUCAUGUCGAACACGUUUCAUUCGCAGGGCAUUCUGCUGGUGCACACUUGUUAGCGGCAAUGCUUGACCGUAGCUUUAUUGCCACCGUGGGAGACGAAAAACGACUCAUUAAGCAUGUCUAUCUGAUAUCUGGUGUGUUCCGUUUGGACGAGCUGCGUUUCACCAAAGCAGUGAACGAAAACAAUCUACUGGCCUUGAAUGACAAAAACGUUGCGAAUCUAUCGCCUCUCAGUUGUGAUUAUCGGCAUCUGUCCGACUGUGAAAUGAACUUUCACGUGUAUGUAGCGGAGAAUGAUAGCACAGUGUUCAAACGAAUGUCCGACGACAUGCACAAACAUUUGCAAAACGCUGGAGUUGCCACUUCAAUGCAAGUUUUAUCAGAUCUUGACCACUUUGAUAUUGUGGAGAAGCUGGCAGAGAAAAGCUACUCAAUCACUAGCGAAAUACUGAAAAACUUCAAAUCGUGAACCAUUAAUAAGCUUUCAAUAAAAAUACGAGUACCACAA